UCACAGGUAGGCUACAGAAGAAUGGCUCUUCGCGAGACUCUGACAAACUCACGGCUCCCCGCGAGCGCACGGACUGAGGACGGAGGACAAUCUCUCUAAGCAGCGCUUCAGUGGAUGUUGUAACUUCGGCAUGUCACUCAAAUGGGAUAUAUGAUUUUGUGCCCCAUUUCGGUUUUUUAAAAACACCCCUCUCGUCUUUUGAUUUUUGCCUUGCUUUUUGAACAUCUCGCUUACCCACGUCCCGCCCGAUACCAUCCCUCCCCUGUCCAUCGCACCCAGACCUCUCUCAUUCCGCAUCUGCACCCUCUCGCUUCGGGCGGAUCUUCGCUCUGGUCAUCCAGAAACAACUGCUUCAUGGGGCACACUCCUUCCGUCGGAAAAUGUCCCUCUCUUGGCUUCUAAGCGCACCGGCAAAGUUGACAACAUCAAGACCAGGGCUGGCGUUGCGCGUCUGUGAGCAGUGUCGGGGGAACUGAGAUGGGUGUCACGGUGACGGCGGCCCUACAUGAGCCCCGAAGUCCUCACCAGUGGAGCCGCAUAGUGGGUCACUGGGUAUGGAUUGCAGUCUUGUCCUUUCUCGCCACUUUCCCGGUGCAACAACUUGGCGCUUUCCCGUCCUCUCUCAGCGACUGUCAGACUCCAACUGGAUGGAAUUGCUCGGGGGAUGAUGACCGGGACACAGAUCUCUUCCUUUGUGACACCAACACUUGCAAGUUUGAUGGCGAGUGUCUCAGAAUUGGGGACAUAAUAACAUGUAUAUGCAACUUCAAGUGCAACAAUGAUUAUGUUCCUGUGUGUGGCUCCAACAACGAAAACUAUGAAAACGAGUGUUUUCUGCGGAGAGACGCCUGCAAACAGCAGACCGAGAUCCUGGUGGUCUCUGAAGGAUCCUGCCCAGCCGAUGCUGGUUCAGGAUCAGGAGAUGAAGCAGGAAACGAGGGUUCGGCAGAGAAUGGACAGAAAGAGACGACCACCUGUGACAUUUGCCAGUUUGGGGCUGAGUGUGAUGAGGAUGCUGAAGAUGUCUGCUCCUGGGUCAGACAUAACCCAUCAGUUCACAUUAUUCCAGUAGUGCCAGAAUACAAAACGCCUCUGUACAUCACUAAAGCUCACUGGCAGGAUGGUGUGCCACAAAAUAACGUCUUUCUAUUAAGUUUUUUCUGCAUUCAUUCCUAUCUUGUAGGCGACAUGAUUACAGGCACCAAAGCAGGAGAUGGACAAUAUGCCAGGACAGACUACACAGAGGAGAAGCCUGAGGUUUCAGAGGUGGUAAGAGGGCUGUACAUCCCCUGCCCUGAGCGCUAUAAGAACUAUUGUAUUCACGGAGACUGUGAAUAUCCCAACAUGCUCUCAACACCGUCCUGCAGCUGUCACUCAGGAUUCAGUGGUCCACAGUGUGACACUAAGGAGUAUAAUGUGCUGUAUGUGGUGCCUGGCUCUGGAAAGCUCCGCUACGUCCUCAUCGCGUCUGUCAUUGGGAUUCUGCAGGUGGCCAUCAUAUGUGUAGUGGUGCUGUGUAUCACCCGGAAGUGCCCACGGACCAACAGAAUCAACCGACAGAAGCAGAACACAAUGCACUACAACUCUGAAAACACCCUGCGCGCCUCCACCCGCCUCAUUUGAGCCCGUGAGCAGAGAAUCAUGGGAAACGUAGUUUGGACAGAGGACAGAAAAUAAGAAACUUGCUCUCCGUCCCCACAGAGACACUGCAUCCUGCUGGAUGGAGAGAUGGAGGACGAUGGGUUCUACACACAAUGCCUUGCACCUGUGGCACAGGACACAAACAGAGAAUUUUAGGACACCAUGAUAGGACAAGUCCUGUUAUUUGGUUAUGUAUGGGUAAUAUUUCCAAUAGUUAAUUUGUUUGUCUUGAUGGGGUCCUUU